UCAUCUACGUCAUUUUGUAUUGCUCCACAAUAUUUCGUAUCUGCUCCGGGAAAUACAGGUAAAAUAUUCCUCCUUUAGGAGCUUAGGCAGUCAUUUAGAAUAAGAAAAAGAAAAUAUUACGAUUUAUUAACAACAAUGACGCGACAUGCGAGGAAUUGUACUGCGGGUGCUGUAUACACAUAUCACGAGAAAAAAAAGGAUGCUGCGGCGUCAGGGUAUGGUACCAAUACUCAACGAGUGGGCAAGGAUUCCGUCAAGGAUUUCGAUUGCUGUUGUUUGACUCUACAGCCUUGUAGGAAUCCGGUGAUAACCAAGCAUGGUUAUUUGUUUGAUAAAGAAUCGAUACUAGAAUACAUUUUGACUAAAAAGAGAGAAUAUUCAAGAAAAUUGAAAGAGUAUGAAAAACAGAAGCAAAAGAAAGAGGAACAGUCCCAAGAACAAACUGUUAAUGAAGAAUUAAAAAAGCUGCAGAAUUUUUUAAAGGGUGAAAAGACUAUUGUGUCAAAUGGUUCUAAUGCAAGAGAUGGAGCAUCGGUGUCCAAUAUGAAAAAUGGCAAAGACAAAGUACUACCAAGCUUCUGGAUACCUUCUAAGACACCGGAAGCGAAAGAAAUCUCUUUACAAAAACCUGACAAAACUAUCUACUGUCCUGUCAGUGGAAAUCCAUUGAAAGUAAAAGAUUUGAUUCCUGUAAAAUUCACGCAAGUUCAAGAUCCAGAUGACAAGAGAUCGCUUAUUGUUAAACAAGCACGAUACAUGUGUCCCAUUACACACGAUAUCCUGGGCAAUAAUGUACCUUGUGCUGCGAUAAGGACAACCGGUGACAUAGUUACUAUGGAAUGUGUGGAAAAAUUGAUAAAGAAGGACUGGAUUAAUCCUUUGGAUAAUUCUAAACUGGCAUCAUCUGAUAUUAUCCCUUUACAAAGAGGUGGUACUGGCUAUGCAUCUGUUAAUGAUUCAUUAGAAGGUAAGCACGAAAGGCCGGUAUUACAAGCAUAAGAAACAAUUUACACAACUUUAACUUUAUGGUACUUAGAUUUAAAUAAUGUAAUUAAGAAUGUACAAAUUAGAUUAAGAUCUGGAAAUUAAUUAAGUAUUAACUAGUA